AUGUGGUGCUGCAGUGGGGAGGAGGAUGUCCCGGAGUGGCUGGCCAAGGAGCUGCCAGCGCCGGAGCGGAGGGAUCGGCUGCCGCCGCCGGCACAGCAGGAGAAGAGCGUCAGCCUGUGGUCCAUCAUCAAGGAGUGCGUGGGCAAGGACCUGACGCGCAUCUGCCUCCCCGUCUACUUCAACGAGCCCCUCUCCGCCCUCCAGCGCAUCGCCGAGGAUUUGGAAUACAGCGAACUGCUUGACACGGCUGCCACAUUCCCGGCGGGCAGCGAGGAGCGCAUGCUGUACGUGGCGGCAUUUGCAGUGAGCGGCUACUCGAGCACGGCUGGGCGCACCAGCAAGCCCUUCAACCCCCUGCUGGGCGAGACUUACGAGAUCGUGCACCCUGAGAAGGGGCUGCGGGCCAUUGUUGAAAAGGUGGUGCACCACCCCACAGUGCUGGCAGCCUACGGCGAGGGGCGCGGCUGGAAGUUUGCCGGGGAUGCAGACGUGAAGAGCAAGUUCUGGGGCCGCUCCAUCGAGCUGACCCCCAUCGGCUUGCUGACCCUGUCCUUCCAGGACGGGGACUGCAUCGGGAUGCUGAAACAGGUGGUGUCAAGCAUCAACAACCUGAUCAUUGGCAAGAUAUAUGUGGACCAUGGGGGCACCAUGCGCAUCCACAGCUCCGCCAACGGCCUUGUGUGCAAGCUCAAAUUUCGGGAGCAAGGCGUCCUGCGCAUGCGCGAAGCCCACGAGGUGCGGGGCCACCUGGAGCUGCCGACUGGCGAGAAGAUGGUGAAGCCGCUGCUGUUCGGCAAAUGGGAUGAGGCUAUGUACGCAGAGAUGCCUGACAACACACAGAGCCUGUUAUGGCAGAAGUCUGAGCCCCCUCCAGACCCCACCAGGUACAAUUUGACCAAGUGGGCCAUUCAGCUGAAUGAGAUCACGCCUGGCCUGGAGGAGAAGCUGGCGCCGACGGACUGCCGCCUGCGCCCAGACCAGCACCACCUCGAGCUGGGCCAGUACGACCAGGCGAACGCAGAGAAGCUGCGGCUGGAGACGAAGCAGCGCGCAGCGCGCAAGGCGGCGGAGCGGGGUGACCCGAUCAGGCCGCGCUGGUUCACGCGCGUGGAGGGCGCCGAGCCGGGCAAGCAGCAGGCCUACGUCUAUCAUGGCGGCUACUUUGAGGCGCGCGAUGCCGGCCACUGGCCCGGAGUGCGCGACAUCUUUGGCGCUACUGACCCCCCGGCCAGCCCCACUUCCCCGCAUGCGCACUGACGCGCUCCGGGGCUGCACUAUCAUGACAAUCAAGAUAUCUUUCUCUUCCGCUGGCUGGCGUUUGCUUGCAUGUUUGAUUGCCAGCGCUGCAGAUGGGUUUCCUGCUCAAGAAGACUUUGAUCUGGUCAGCAGCCAUCUUUCGCACCUGCAGCAGCUUGAUCUCGGCAUUGCAUUUAAGAUUGUAUUUAAUGGCGCAGUCGUGCGGUGUGACGAUUGCAUGGUAAUGCAUAAAGUGCCGGCUGACGAAGUACUACUUCGUUAGUAACUCGAGUGCUUUGCAAAGUAAUGUUGUGACAACUUGUGUUUGGUGCAAUUGCAAGUGAUUAUCAAUUUCCUGCACAGGAGCUGUGUUGCAUGUGCGCAUCGCCUACUUGCCGGUCUGACCUAUUGUGUGCCACCCUUGCUUGAUGCUUGAUGUAAGCAGCCCCUCAAGAUC